AACCUCAGUCGGUCGCUGACGUAUUAAUACUCGCGGGGCAGUUCCUUUCAUAUAGAAUCGGAUUACAUCCGGGGGUUGUAGUCGCGUUUACGGAUGCAUUUAACCCGGUGUAAAGAACUGCAAACGAAGGAAAUCAUAAUCUAUGCCAGCGAUUGCUAAAAGUUGAUUGGAACUAUAUAGCGACACAAACGAGUCAAAAGAAAUGAUCAUGGAAGUCUCGGAGAAAGAAUGUUUACGUAUGGAACCGAUUGACUCUCAAAGUCCUAAUAAGGAGAACAACGAAGUCACUGCAGAUUGUGUAAAUAAUACUGAUGGUAUAAAUAAUGUUGAAAAUAUGUUAUCUCAAAUUGAAGAUACAGAUUAUGAUCCUCAUAUGCAUCGGAAUAGACCAAAUCCAACUUCAAAUUUUGAAACCCUGGUUCAUCUACUGAAAGGCAGUUUGGGCACGGGGAUUUUAGCAAUGCCGAAUGCAUUUUACAAUAGCGGUCUGGUGGUCGGCGUCAUUGCUACAGUUAUCAUAGGUGCAUUGUGCACGUACUGCUUACACGUACUCGUAAAGGCGCAGUAUAAAUUGUGUAAACGGUUAAAAGUUCCUAUAUUGAGCUAUCCGCUUAGCAUGAAAUACGCUCUGGAGAAAGGUCCUCGAUGCGUGAAAUGGUUUUCACCCUAUGCACCAGGACUCGUAGACGGGUUUAUGAUAACGUAUCAAUUGGGAAUUUGCUGCGUUUAUAUCGUGUUUGUAGCAUCAAAUAUCAAACAGGUGACAGACCAGUAUUGGGCACCUUUGGAUAUUUCAACCCAUAUGCUCAUUUUGUUGCUUCCGCUGAUUUUGAUAAACUACAUUAGAAAUCUGAAGUUAUUGGCGCCGUUUUCCACGCUAGCAAACUUAAUUACGUUCGUUGGACUCACCAUGAUUCUUAUAAAGUAUAUGUUUCAAGAUCUACCGCCGAUCAGCGACAGGGAGAUGUUUGGUACAUUAAGAAAUUUUUCCCUCUAUUUUGGAACGACGUUAUUUGCGUUAGAAGCCGUCGGUGUGAUUAUAGCUCUGGAGAACAACAUGAAAACACCACAAAGUUUUGGAGGCUAUUGUGGUGUACUAAAUAUAGGGAUGACUGUGAUUGUUAUCUUAUACAUAGCUAUAGGUCUUUUCGGCUACAUAAAGUACGGAUCCGACGCCAAAGGAAGUGUCACUUUUAAUCUGCCGCCAGAAGAAGCUAUGGCUCAAAGUAUUAAAAUAAUGUUUGCGAUCGCUAUAUUUAUAACAUAUGCCCUGCAAGCCUACGUACCUGUCGAAAUUUUGUGGACCACCUAUUUAGAUCAUCGAAUACAAAACCGCAAAAUUUUAUGGGAAUACGCUUGUCGAACCUUUGUUACCCUAGUCACAUUUAUCCUGGCGAUCGCUAUACCGAGACUCGGCCUAUUUAUCUCCCUCUUCGGCGCGCUCUGUCUGUCCGCCCUCGGCAUCGCUUUCCCGGCUAUUAUCGAUAUAUGCGUCUCGUGGCCGGAACACGAUUUCGGUCCCUUCAAAAUCAUGUUAAUCAAGAACUUCCUCCUGAUCGUGUUCGGCCUGCUGGGUCUCGUGGUGGGAACCUACGUUAGCAUCGUGGAAAUAGUAAAAUCCUUCAAGCCAGUUUUACAGACAGGUUUGCCGUCCCUAUAGAGGCACCGACAUCUAGCGUGACUUCGUUAAUUUAUAAAUUUGAUAAAAGGGAAAAUGGAUAAAAAAAAUGAUUUAUACCCCCGCAUUAGCUGGUAAAAACAUUCAAUAAUCUUUAAUAAGCAGUGGCAGAUUAACCAUUUUGCUGCCCCUAGGCAUCAACAUCUAUCCAUUUCAAGGUGGCUUCAAUCAUUUAUAAUUUUGAUAAAAGGAAAAAUAGUUUAAAAAAAGAUUUAUAU